AUGGGGCCAGACCACCAAAGGGCUGAAUCCUGCCCUUCUCCCCUCGCCUGUAUGGACAGGACUUCCAACGACACGAACCUGAGCCUUUCCACGCCUGCCGGACUCAAGUACCGGCUCUACCUCGGCCUGGCUUUGGCAGUAGGUUCCAGCAUCUUCAUUGGCUCCAGUUUCAUCCUGAAGAAGAAGGGCCUCUUGAAACUGGCUGCCAAAGGAGUCCCCAGAGCUGGACAGGGUGGACAUUCUUAUUUGAAGGAAUGGCUUUGGUGGGCUGGGCUACUAUCGAUGGGAUUAGGAGAAGCUGCAAACUUUGCUGCCUAUGCCUUUGCUCCUGCAACCUUAGUUACCCCUUUGGGUGCACUGAGUGUUCUCAUAAGUGCUAUAUUGUCAUCCCACUUUUUAAAUGAGAGGCUGAAUAUUCACGGCAAGCUGGGCUGUGUACUGAGCAUUUUGGGGUCCACGGUCAUGGUUAUUCACGCCCCUGAGGAGGAGGAGGUCACCUCACUGGAUGAGAUGGAAAUAAAGCUGCAAGAUCCAGUGUUUGUUGCAUUUGCUGUUCUCCUGACAGCUGUUGCCCUCACACUGAUUUUUAUUGUGGCUCCAAGGAGAGGUCAGACAAAUAUACUGAUCUAUGUUUUAAUUUGCUCAUUCAUUGGUGCCUUCUCUGUCUCAUCUGUCAAAGGCCUGGGCAUUGCCAUUAAGGAAAUGCUGGAACGGAAGCCGGUUUAUCGACGUCCCUUGGUUUAUAUUUUGGUGGGAAUCCUUGUGCUCUCAGUCAGCACUCAGAUCAACUAUCUCAACAAAGCAUUGGACGUGUUUAAUACGUCUCUAGUGACACCUAUUUAUUACGUGUGUUUCACCAUGACGGUGGUGAUGUGCUCCAUCAUCCUGUUCAAGGAGUGGAGCAGUAUGGACCUGGAUAAUAUCAUCGGGACCCUUAGUGGAUUCUGCACUAUAAUCAUAGGCAUUUUUCUACUACAUGCUUUCAAAAGUACUGAUAUCACCUGGAGUCAGUUGAUGUCCACCAUUGCAAAAGAACCAUCAAUGCCACACCAUGAAUAUGAAACCUCUCAUACUUUACUGGAGAGCUUGGAAGACCCAGCUGUGGUUUUUGAGGAGGACAACAUUUUAUUUAGUCAAUGAGUGAUUGUUCCUCGUUCCAGUAUCACAGAUUGCAGACUCAGCCCACCUGUGUCUACCAGAACAUUCAUCUUUGCUGCAAUCCUCUGGAAAAAUGUCUGUAAAGGGAGUUAAAUGUGGGGACACAAUUGUCUGUGUGCGCCAGCUGUUGGUAGUGAUGAAUGAAAAUGUUCAGUAAUUAACAUGACAGUCAGAAACACGGUGGUUAUUAGGUGUCAAGCAAUGAAUAAGUUCAUCCAUUUUUAUGUGGUAUCUCCUGUUGGAGAAUUUUAGUGAGAAGGCAUGUAAACUGUGUUUACAAAAUGCAACUUUACCAUCUUGAUUAAAG